CAUUCUUCCUUACUUUUUUAAUAUGAAGAAAUGGAUUCGUCCUUGUAUGAAAUAAAACUGGCAAUGAAGAGAUUCGAAAGUUCGGCACCAACCAUUAAAGACUUUUUUACAGAGGAAGCUCUUUCAGUAUUGACAGACAUGAUGAGGGGUCCAAUUACGUACAUGUUGAUUGCUGGUGCCUUGAAGGCAACAAUAACCAUUUAUGAGAUGAAUAGAGGAGCCAUAUCAUUCCCCCCCUGUCCAUGUGAUGAAGCUGAUUCUCAGCAAUUUAUUUGGAUUGACCGGAGGGAAAGGGUGUUUGGGCUCAGUCCAGAGCAUGUCUGGUCCGGCCGACAGAAAAAUACAACUAAAGAAACACUUGGAUUUGUCAGAAGGUAACAAAACUUAAUAACCAAUUUCUUUUCAAUUGUCCGAUAUUCAAUUGUCCCUAAAGAAUACAAUAGUAUAUAAGAAAAGCAUUGAUGCAAAGCAUCAAAGGCGACGCCAAAAAAAAGAUCAAGUUUUGCACCUAAAUACUAAUCAGAAGAUGUGUACUGAAACUGCUUGACAAUGACUCGAACCCAUGACUGUCAGAAGAUCAACUGAGCUAUCCGGCCGGCUACACAUUUUCUCUUCAAUAAUGAACAGUUCUAAAUGACAACAUAUUUCCCAACAUAUCUAUUCUUGCAUAUCAGACUGGCGUUUCCGUUAGUUUUACCCAUGCUGGAAGUUUCAUCUGGCAUGGGGGGUUCCAGAUAAGUCGCGUGCUGUGCAAUGGCACGAUAAAGAUGACGUCAUUUUACCGUUAUGAAUGAUUUUGUAAUUCAUACGCUGUUGAAUGAAAGUAGUUACGGUUGUAAUGAUAUAAAUUUUCAUUGAAAAUAAAGAUAAAGAAUUUAAAAUAUAAUGGAAUAUGGUAGAAUAUGCAAGAAAAAAUAUCUGACAUAUGUUUGCGGUUCGGAUCGGAAUAUCCGUCCCUCGGUCACCCGCCCAUGGGCGGGUCACCUCGGGGCGGAUAUUCCGAUCCGAACCGCAAAAUA